GAGCGGCGAGUGUGGCUCGGAACGUGGCGGGACGGUCGGUCUGUCCUCUCCCGUGUCAGCCUUGCGUGGCCUGGGAGGGAGGAAGGAGGCUUGCGUGGGCGUGCUGCUGAGGCGCCGAGGCUGCCCGCGAGAGUACACGGAGUGGAUUCUCACACUUCAUGAAAGCCAGCAAAGAAACAAAGCGCCUCUUCGUGGGUGGCCUCAGCCAGACCGUUUCCGAGGCAGACCUGCGCAGUCAGUUCAGCCGAUUUGGAGAUGUUUCUGAUGUGGAGAUCAUCGCACGGAAAGACGAGCAGGGAAACCCACAGAAAGUAUUUGCGUAUGUCAACAUCACAGCAGCAGAAAAUGACUUGAAAAAAUGUAUGUCCAUUUUAAAUAAAACAAAAUGGAAAGGUGGAACACUACAAAUUCAGCUGGCAAAAGAAAGCUUUUUACAUAGAUUGGCCCAGGAGAGAGAAGAAGCAAAAGCAAAGAAAGAAAACUCAGCAACAAGUAACAGCAACUUGUUAGAAAAGAUGGGAGCAGUGGAUUUCCAUAUGAAAGCUGUGCCAGGGACGGAAGUACCAGGGCACAAGAAUUGGGUUGUCAGUAAAUUUGGAAGAGUCUUACCUGUUCUUCACCUCAAGAAUCAACACAAGCGCAAAAUAAUAAAAUAUGAUCCAUCCAAGUACUGCCACAACCUAAAGAAGAUUGGGGAGGAUUUCACGGAGACAGUUCCUGUAUCAAGCCUCACCUGGGAGCUGCAAGGAGGGGAUGACGCUAUGAGUAAGAAACGGCGAGGAGAAUUCUCUGACUUCCGUGGCCCUCCCAAGAAAAUAGGAAAAAGGCUGAAGGGUGAGGGUUCCAGCGGGUCUGUGGUUGUGAGUCCAAGGGGCCAUCAAAUGGCAGAGAGUAGCUCAUCAGUCCAGCAGCAAGCCACACAGAAAACACCUUCUGAUUCAGUUACUCAUAAGUCACUCUCUGCACCUGGCUUCAGAACUCAGAAAGUCAGAAAUGUACUUUUUCAGACUUCUAGUUUAGAGAAUGCCUGGAAGAGAAAUAGCACGUCUGAUGACGAUAUUGAUUCUGAGGAGGAAUUAAGAGCAAUGAUUGCAGAAGAGGAAAAUUCACAGAGAACUCCGUGUUCCUCAAUCAAUGAAUCCGAAAAUGAUGCUUUUGAAGUUGUAAAAGAGGAUUUCAAGUCCAAUGUUUGCAAACUUGAUUCUUUAGCAAAUUUACAUAUCAAAACUAAUAGCUCUGGGCAUCGUAGCAAUGUGGACAAUGAUGGUGGGUAUGACUCAGGAGAUACCGAUGAAAUCCUUGCAGUGAACAAAACAGCCAGCAAGAUAAAAAAUAGUACAGAAUGUUCACAAACGGAAAAAGCUACCCACAGAAAAAAUUUGAAGAACAAAGAAAACUGUGAGCUUUCUGAUCCGUGUAUUAAUGUACGAAAAAGAAAAAGCAAUAUAAAGCCAGCCCUAAGUAACGGACCAGAGCAUCUUAAGCAUAAACUUUCACCUGACUCCAGUAGCAGUGAAGAUGUCGGUUCUGCUUCUGAGUCCGAAGGAGAUGAGGAAUACAACACCAUCAUGAGAAACUGUCCUCGUCUGAGCCUCACUCUGGCUGAUUUGGAACAAAUGGCCGCCUGUGAUACGCAAAUUACAGAAGAAGAUACUGAGAGCAAGAGCCCAGAAACUACCACCUGCUCCAAGAUGAACAAGGCCCCCAGGAGUCCCAGAACUCCCCGUGGCCUCUGCAGAGGCAGGCAGUGCAUCAAUCCUGAGGAAAUUGUAGCUUCCCUGUUAGAAGAAAGCAGCUGUGAUAAACAGAAACCGAAGGAAAACUUCAAGCCGAAAUUCCAGGCUUUUAAGGGAAUAGGCAGUCUCUAUGGAGAGGAAUCGGAGAACAAGUCCUUGAAAGACAGUCCUGCUUCUAACAAUAAGAAUAGGUCUUCCUCGAAACAGGAGUCUAGUAGCAUUUCUGUGGAAAAUCGGUUCCCGUUUCCUAAUGGCCCAACCAGCAAACUGACUUCCUUCCAACACACAGAGAAGGAACAUGAGUCAAACGACACUCAGCUUCAGAGAGCAGGGUCUGUGUUGGAGCAUCAGCGCUUCAAGGUGCUGUCCCCUAGCAGUUCAGAAAAGGGAAACAGAGCUUCUGUUUCUGGGCUGGUGCCAUCGAAAGGUAAGAACUCCUUAAGUCACAGGGCAGACCAUGACAAAGACAGUUGCCAGAGCACCACAGAAAUAGAGGGAGCAAGAUCCGAUCCAGGCACAUCACUUCGGAAGUCCCCGAAAGUGUCUCUAAGGAGAGAGAAUCAGGACAGCAGCAUUCAUGUCUCACGUACUGUCAGUGAGUUGUCCGACGUGAGUGCUAAGGAGAAACACGCUGAGGACAAUCGGAAGCGUUUGGCGGCCCUGGAGGCGAGGCAGAGAGCAAAGGAGGCGCAGAAGCAGCUGGUGCGCAGCGCGCUGGCAAACGUGGAUGGUCAUCCUGAGAACAAGUCCACGCACAUCAUCUUCAGCUCUGCCAGUGAAAGUGAAGAGGAGGACACGCACCCUCAGGCACAGAGCAGGCUGGAAGCAGAACUGGUGAAAGAACCUGUGGGCAAAGCAUCUGGGAAGCUGUUUGAGAGCAGUGACGAUGAAGAAUCUGAUUCUGAGGAUGACAGUGACAGGUUCAAAAUUAAACCUCAGUUUGAGGGCAGAGCCGGACAGAAGCUCAUGGAUUUACAGUCUCACUUUGGCAACGAUGACAGAUUCCGCAUGGACUCCCGGUUUCUGGAGAGUGACAGCGAAGGGGAGCAGGAAGAGGUGAAUGAAGAAAAAACUACUGAGGAAGAAGAAUUUGCUGCAGAAAAAAAGCAAGCCCUGAAUGUGGUACAGAGUGUUUUGAAUGUGAAUUUAAGCAGUUCUUCAAGCAAGGGAUCAGCGACUGCGAAGAAAUUUAAGGACAUCAUACGUUAUGAUCCAACGAGACAUGACCAUGCCACUUAUGAAAGGAAAAAAGAUGAUAAACCAAAAGAAAGUAAAGCAAAAAGAAAGAAAAAAAGGGAAGAAAUUGAAAAGCUGCCUGAAGUGUCUAAAGAAAUGUAUUAUAACAUCUCUACGGAUUUAAAAGAAAUCUUCCUAUCUACAAAAGAUGCCAGUGAAAAGGAAGAAGACUCGCCCUGGAAUGAGGACUGUGAUGGAGAGAAAGCUCAGGGCGUGCACAGCCCCGGGGCGCUCUCUACCACGCCCAAGCAGCCUAAGGGGUUCACAUUCUCCUUUUUUGAUUCAGACACUAAGGACUCAAAGGAAGAAACCUACAGAGUUGAAACGAUGAAACCUGGGAGGACUGGCUGCAAGGGAGACCCUCGUUUCCAAGACAGCAGCACUUCAGAGGAGGAAGAUGUCGCUGAAGACACAGAUCACAGACAGCCCAUCCCUGAAGAAGCAUCAUUACCUGCAAAACAAACCACUCGCUUUUUCUUUUUCUCUAAGCAUGAUGAAAGACUUCAUGGUUCUGACUUAUUCUGGAGAGGAGAGGGGAAUAAUACUAGCAGAAGUUCCUGGGAGGCCAGAACACAUAGCCUGCUUAUGGAUUGUCGGAAGAAACAUAAAGAAGCAAAAAGAAAAGUGAAACUAAAAUAAUGUCAUCACUGAAUUUGAUUCGAAAUGUGAACAAGCUCACCUGAGGAAAUUGACCCAGAAAAUAAUUUUGGCUGACAGAAGAAAUUUAAGAGUGAAACAAAUCAUCAAAAUGUGGCUGGUGGAAUAUCAUUCAUGUCACCAUCUUUUUCUGUGGAAAUCCUGUUUUUCUUCCUAAAUAAUUACUUGAGAAAAUUGAAGUUUUACAAAAUAGCCCCCCAAAAUAUGGAGAAGUCUUUUCAAAGUUUGUGAAAACUGUAUGUUUGUAGUAAAACUGUGUGUGCAUUUCAAAACUUUAUACACCAAAUACAUUUAUUUUUAAAUGUCAUCAUAAACUUUGUAAAAUACCCGUACCUUUCUUGUAAAUAGUCUGUUGGCUCUCCAUCCUUAAUGAGCAUUUGAUAAACAAUUUAUCUGAAGCUUUUUUAAAUAAAUGGGCCAAAACAUUUGUG